UUUGAAAAACAGCUGAUACAGUUAGUGUAUUUAAGCUAAAUUUAACAUUUUAUCAGUGCAUUUGUGUUUCAAAUAAAAAGCCUAUAGUAUCUUCCUUGCCACCGCCCAAAGCAAUAAUUCGAGAAGUAACUAACUUUUGAUAAGCUUUUUGAUAUUUUAAAUCGUGAUAAGCGGAAAAGUGUACUAUAGUUAAGUCUUUACAGAGGAAAGACAACGUUUCCAGAUCUGCCUACAUUCCUCACGAUACCACAUGAGCACGAUGGCUCGCGCCGGGUUUCGCAUUGCCUUGCUACAGUUGAAGGUUGGUGCAAGCAAGGCACAAAAUAUCGAAAACGCUCUAUCGAAAAUACGCUUUGCCGUAGCGGAGAAAGGUGCCCGCGUGGUUGCCCUGCCCGAAUGUUUCAAUUCACCAUACGGAACGCAACACUUUCCCGCGUACGCGGAAGAAAUUCCUACCGGUGAAACAAGCCGCAGCCUGGCAGCGAUCGCGAAAGAACUCGGCAUCUAUCUGAUCGGUGGCACAAUUCCGGAGAAAUGUACCUCGGAUAACAAGCUGUACAACACCUGCACCGUAUGGUCGCCAGAAGGUGCUCUAAUGGCAACGUACCGUAAAAUUCAUCUUUUCGACAUUAACAUACCGGGCGGGAUUACUUUCCGCGAAUCGGACGUCCUGACAGGUGGCAGAGACCUAGCGACGGUGUCUAUCGAGGGUGCAAAAAUUGGCAUCGGUAUUUGCUACGAUAUUCGAUUUGACGAGCUGGCCCGGCUUUACCGCAAUCAGGGUUGCGAUAUGUUAAUCUACCCGGGUGCAUUCAACAUGAAAACGGGACCGUUGCAUUGGGAGUUGCUUGCACGAGGCCGUGCGAAUGAUACGCAAUCGUACGUGGCUACAAUUUCACCGGCGCGCGACGCAUCGGCAGGAUACGUUGCCUGGGGCCACUCGAUGGUGGUCGAUCCGUGGGCAAAGAUUAUCACCGAGGCGAACGAAGACGAAGCAACGGUUAUUGCGGACGUUAAUCUCCAGACUGUGGAUGAAGUGCGGGCACAAAUUCCGAUAUUCAGCCAACGCCGAACGGACCUCUAUAAGACGGAAGCUUUGGAGAAGUAAUGGAGCAGUGUACAUCGGUGGUAUGUACCGAAAAUUGGCCAUUUUGUAUGUAAGAAAAAAACUGUUGAAAAUAUACAAAAGUCUAUAUCUCUA